GGAAGAAGUUUCUGGGCCCAGUGGAAAAUGUAGGUAGAAUUAGGGUUAGGUAGCAGCUCUCGGGAACUUGUCCCUGCCCAUAAGAUCCUGGAGGGCCCUCCAUUUUGACUAUCACUGGGACGGUUAGAACCUGUUUCCUCCUCUGUAUCAGCCAGCAAGAGGUGCUCUGGGGGCUGUGCCCGGCAGGACCCCACUGCCCAGCAGAACAGUAGGGGAGCCAAGUGGCCUAGAUCUACUGCGAACUUCCUGUUUGCCUGCCUGUCUGCCUUCCUCUUCACCUUGUUCUCAUCACUGACAUCUACCAUUGGCUUGGAAUCAGAAACCAAUAUCCAUCUAGAUGAUUGAUUUUGAUGAUGUGGCCGCAAUAAACCCAGAACUCCUACAGCUUCUUCCCUUACACCCGAAGGACAACCUGCCCCUGCAGGAGAAUGUAACGGUCCAGAAACAAAAACGCAGAUCAGUCAACUCCAAAAUUCCCGCUCCCAGGGAAGGUCUCCGAGGCCGCUCCACUCGCAUGUCCACCGUCCCAGAGGUUCGCAUCACCACUCAGGAGAAUGACAUGGAGGUGGAGCUGCCUGCGCCUGCAAAUUCCCGCAAGCAGUUUUCCAUUCCCACCGGCCCCCCUAGGCCCUCCUGCCCUGCAGUGGCUGAAAUACCAUUGACGCUGGUCAGCGAGGAGGUGGAAGAGCAAGUCCACUCCAUCCGAGGCAGCUCUUCUGCAAACCCUGUGAACUCAGUUCGGAGGAAAUCAUGUAUUGUGAAGGAAAUGGAAAAAAUGAAGAACAAGCGAGAAGAGAAGAGGGCCCAGAACUCUGAAAUGAGAAUAAAGCGAGCUCAGGAGUAUGACAACAGCUUUCCAAACUGGGAAUUUGCCCGGAUGAUUAAAGAAUUUCGGGCUACUUUGGAAUGUCAUCCACUUACAGUGACUGAUCCUAUUGAAGAGCACAGGAUCUGUGUCUGUGUUAGGAAACGCCCACUGAAUAAACAAGAAUUGGCCAAGAAAGAAAUUGAUGUGAUUUCCAUUCCUAGCAAGUGUCUCCUCUUGGUACACGAGCCCAAGUUAAAAGUGGACUUAACAAAGUAUCUGGAGAACCAAGCAUUCUGCUUUGACUUUGCCUUUGAUGAAACAGCUUCGAAUGAAGUUGUCUACAGGUUCACAGCAAGGCCACUGGUACAGACAAUCUUUGAAGGGGGAAAAGCAACCUGUUUUGCAUAUGGCCAGACAGGAAGUGGCAAGACACACACUAUGGGUGGAGACCUCUCGGGGAAAGCCCAGAAUGCAUCCAAAGGGAUCUACGCAAUGGCCUCUCGGGAUGUCUUCCUCCUGAAGAAUCAGCCCCGCUACCGGAACCUGGGCCUGGAAGUCUAUGUGACAUUCUUCGAGAUCUAUAAUGGGAAGCUGUUCGACCUGCUCAACAAGAAGGCCAAGCUGCGUGUGCUGGAGGACGGCAAGCAGCAGGUGCAGGUGGUGGGGCUGCAGGAGCACCUGGUUAACUGUGCCGACGACGUCAUCAAGAUGAUCGACAUAGGCGGUGCCUGCAGGACCUCUGGGCAGACAUUUGCCAACUCCAACUCUUCCCGCUCCCACGCCUGCUUCCAGAUUCUUCUUCGAGCCAAAGGGAGAAUGCAUGGCAAGUUCUCUUUGGUGGAUCUGGCAGGGAACGAGCGAGGCGCAGACACUUCCAGUGCUGACCGGCAGACCCGCAUGGAGGGGGCAGAAAUCAACAAGAGUCUCUUGGCUCUGAAGGAGUGCAUCAGGGCCUUGGGACAGAACAAGGCUCACACCCCGUUCCGCGAGAGCAAGCUGACACAGGUUCUGAGGGACUCUUUUAUCGGGGAGAACUCAAGGACCUGCAUGAUUGCCAUGAUCUCACCGGGCAUAAGCUCCUGUGAAUACACUUUAAACACACUAAGAUAUGCAGACAGGGUCAAGGAGCUGAGUCCCCACAGUGGGCCCAGUGGGGAGCAGCCAACUCAAAUGGAAACAGAAGAGAUGGAAGCCAGCUCCAACGGGGCCCUGAUCACAGGCAAUUUCUCCAAGGAAGAGGAGGAACUGUCUUCCCAGAUGUCCAGCUUUAAUGAAGCCAUGACUCAGAUCAGGGAGCUGGAGGAGAGGGCCGUGGAAGAGCUUAAGGAGAUUAUACAGCAAGGGCCAGGCUGGCUUGAGCUCUCCGAGAUGACCGAGCAGCCGGACUAUGACCUGGAGACCUUUGUGAACAAGGCAGAGUCUGCCCUGGCCCAGCAAGCCAAGCACUUCUCAGCCCUGCAAGAUGUCGUCAAGGCCUUGCGCCUGGCCAUGCAGCUGGAAGAGCAGGCCAGCAAACAAAUAAGCAGCAAGAAACGGCCCCAGUGACGACUGCAAAUAAAGAUGUUUGUUCUCACACCCAGCCUUUCCCCAUCCCCUUCCCUCCCCAACGAACUUUGGGCACCUGGUGGGUGUAGUCAGGGUCUGAGCUGGGACAGACUUUGGCAAAUGCCAAGUAUGAGGGCAUCUGGGCCCAGGGGAGGGGUCAGAAUGACAUGGGACACUACUUCCUCUUCCUCAGUUAUAGCCCUGAAGGGAGCAAGGAGAGGAGGGGGGAGCUUAACUCCUGUGUGUCACCCUUCUUUCCAAGAGGGGAAGGCCCUCUGGUGUAGAGUUUCCCCUGGGCGGCGUUUGCCCGUGUGGACUGGCUGCUGGCACAGGGCUCCCUGGGGCUGUCCUGGCUCUGGGCAGAGAGAGGGCGCCUUUAGUCCAGCUCUCAGCUGGCUCUGGCCUGCCUUUCACUCCCUUGGUCUGGGCGCUAAUGUGUCUUGUACUUUAAAAAAAGUUUUUGGCACCUCUUCUUCCUUGCUAUUUUUUGAGGCCCAAGAGGAGCCCUGCUGUUUUCUGUUUUAUGUGUUUAUAUAUUGUCUCACAAUAAAGAAAGAGGAAAAAAAA